AUGUUUGUUUGACAUACGGUACAUACUGGCACCUGGACUGUACUCAGUCAGCCUAAGUCAUGAGAUUUUAUCAUUCUAUCAUCCAUUGCGCUGAGUUGAACAUGGGUGGAUUGACUUCAUCUCCUUCUCCCUGCAGGCUGCCCAACCUGGGGCUGACCUGCUACCUGAACGCCACACUGCAGUGUCUGUUCCACCUGCAGCCUUUCUGCACUCAGCUGCUGGUGCAGGAGGAGGUGUGGAGGAUGGAGCCGGAGGCACUGCUGCUCAGUUCAUUUGUAGGACUGGUACUCCUCAGAGGGUCCUGUGAAAUGGACAUAAAGGCAGCUGUACUACUGGAGCUCAAGGACCAAAUCUCCCUGCACAACCAGGAGUUUGAGGGGAACUCACAGAACGACGCCCAUGAGUUCCUCUCAGAGUGUCCUGAUGCGGCUAGGGUCAUCGCCAGCACUGGCCAUGGGUGA